AAACUUCACCUUUUCAGGUUUCGGUCCUCGUCUUCUUCCGCACUUCCUGAUGUCUGAUCAAAAUAUGGACGACGUCAGCGUCACGUGGUGACGGUAUUCCAUUCAGACGUCACGAAGGAGCGGCUAGCCCCCCUCCUCCACCCGAAAUCUGAAUGAGAAUAAAAAAAAUAAAAAAUAAAAAAAUAAAACUAACGUUAAAACACCGCAGUUUUUUCUACGAGUAAACUCCGGCUGAGCACAGUGACCGAGUGAGCACAGACUGAUAAAAGUGGAGGUGGCGUUGUACCCGGCGGAGUGCCGGUGGGCGGUGAAAGCGGUUGAUUGAUGAUUAGAUUUACGGUGUGGAUCACGGCUGGGAGAGAGGAUGACUCACUCCGUCUGAUGUGAUGUUCACCCCGCAACAGCUCGGCAGUGCGGUGGCACGCCGGUAGUUCAGCCUGGCAGAUCGGUGUGCUCUGCCGUUACAAGCCAAACUUUAGCAAACACUUCAGAUGCGUUUGGAGGGCGCCCAGAUACGUCCUUUGUUUCAAACUUGAGCGGCUGUCACUUGCAGUUAAGGAAGACACCGAGCGUCGUGAUUUACCGUAAAUUUCGUGACGCCUGAUUGCCAUGGAAACAGUGCUCCUGCGCUGAGAGGAAAGUGUCCGCGUUAUAACUUCAGCUUCAGCAUCAACCUUUCCAACGAGGUCGCAUAAACCUGUUGGAUACUUCACUGUUUUCCUUUUUCUUGUCUCUGCCCUGGCUUUACUUUCCACCACGAAGCAGGUGAAGACUAUGGAGCUUCAAACAGAGAAGAGGUUCCACAACCUAACCCUGGAGCAAGUUCAGGCUCUUGACAAAGUUUUGACUGAGGUAAUCCCUAUCCAUGGGCGAGGUAAUUUUCCUACACUGCAGGUGAGAGCGAAAGACAUAAUUCGUGUAGUGAAGGACCGACUGGUCGAAAGGAACAUUCAGGUUAAAGAUAUACGCCUCAACGGCAUGACUGCCAGUCACAUCCUUGUUAAAGACAACGGGCUUGGGUACAAAGACUUAGACAUCAUUUUUGGAGUGGAGCUUCCGAGGCAGGAAGACUUCCAAGUUAUUAAGGAGGUGGUGCUGGGGAGCCUGCGAGACCUUCUCCCUUCUGGAGUUAACCGACGUAAGAUCACCUGUCUGACAAUGAAGGAGGCCUAUGUGCAAAAGAUGGUGAAAGUUUUCAAUGAGCAUGACAGAUGGAGCCUUAUCUCGCUUUCUAACAACAGGGCUAAAACUGUGGGGCUCCGAUUUGUUAGUUCCCUCAGACGACAGUUUGAGUUCAGCGUGGACUCCUUCCAGAUUAUAUUAGAUCGUAUGCUCGAGUCCUACUGGGGGAACGAAAGGAAACAAGAAUGGAAGUUGGCACUGACUGCUGGGCCUUCAUCUAAAAAGGACGAUGACGGUGAAAGCAAAGGACAAGAGAAGCCGAGCAUUCCUCAGGAGGUUGAACAUGAUAUGAAAGAAGAUUCUGCAGUGGCGACUAGCACAGAAAGUCCGUGCCAGGAUGAAGCGGUUUCUCCACUCGAGGAAGAGCUUCAUCACGAAGAGAUCGAGCGUGUAGAUGAAAAGCAUGAGGUGCAGCAGGUGCUGGAACCGGAGAGGAUAAGCUUACAACAGGAGGAAGAGGAAGUGGAGGGCAUAGAGGAUGUACAAUCAGAGGAGGAAAUUGUGUUUGAGAUGUGUGAGAAAAAAGGAGAAGAGAAAGAACAGUUUGAAAUCAAUUAUCCUGUAGUUGCAUCGCCUAAAACUUUAUUUUCAGAUGUUGGGGAUCCUCUGACGACACAUGCAUGUUUAACCCUACAGAGUAAUGACGAAAAAUACGAGGCACAAGCUUCCCAGCCUGUAGUGUGCACAUCACAUACAGAAAAACCAGCGCCACAGGAUUUACGUCAUUGUGAAGAAAACUUCAACGCAGACUCAGUAAGCUGCAGGACUGAUUCUAUCCCAAACGUGCAAGUUUCAAAUCUUGAGUUUUCCUUUCCUCCCCCAGCUAAAAAAUCUUGCAGCACAUCAGCGGACAUUGUGCCGGAUUACUGCCCCUCACCAAAAUUACAAAGAAAAAUGUCACGGAAGUUGAUUACAAAGCCUGAAAAAUGGUCUUUACUAACCGAUCUGUCAGACCUCACCACACAGCUGUUUCCACCCAUAGAGCUACCAAAACAACUUCAGCCAAAACCUCCUGUGCUGGAGAGUUCUCAAGUUCACAGUUCAAACAUACCAAGCUGUCAGACGGAGAACUCGGAGGGUACAGAUGUACUUACAGUUCCCACACACAGUACAGUCAGUACACCGCAGGAUGGGACUUGCUCCAGAGAAACUUUAGAACAAACUGUUAAGCCAAAACACUCAAAGGAGCCUCCUGAUUCAGAGACUCAAAGCAACCCAUGUGCAACAGCUGUGGUCUCAAAGCCUCAGGUAUAUGAGCAUAAACCGGAGCUGGCAGACGCCAUCCCAAACAGCUGUGAGUCAAGCUCAUGGCUUGGGGAAGCAGGAGAGCCCACCAUCACUGUUGAAGCUGAGUGCAUGUACGGAGACUUUGAUCAGGCUAUGGAUCAUCUUCGAAACCGCCUCAUUGCCACCCACAACCCAGAGGAGAUCCGGGGUGGGGGAUUGCUAAAAUACAGCGACCUGUUAGUGAGGAACUUCCGGCCAGCCAGCGAGACAGAGAUAAAGUCCCUGGAGCGAUACAUGUGCUCCCGCUUCUUCAUCGACUUUCCUGACGUAGGCGAGCAGCAGCGGAAGAUUGAGGCCUACUUGCAGUGCCAUUUCAUCGGCAGCGAGGAGACUAGCAAGUAUGACUAUUUGAUGACCCUGCGGCGCGUGAUAGAUGAGAGCACGGUGUGUUUGAUGGGACACGAGAGGAGGCAGACCCUCAACAUGAUCACAGUGCUGGCUCUAAGGGUGCUGGGCGAGCAAAACGCCAUCCCCAACACGGCCAACGUUACCUGCUUCUACCAGCCGGCUCCAUACAUGACAGAACCCAUUUACAACAGCUACUUCAUCACUCAGGCCCAGCCGCCUCUGGUCUACCACCCGUACCCUUUACAUGUCCACAUGCAGACUGGUCUGGUGUAGCAACGUUGAUGUGCCAACAGGGAGGCAUGAAAGCUGCUUUCAGCAUGGUGCUCUGCAAGCAGAAGCACAAAUGCAAGUUUUAGCAACAAAAAACAACCACGGGCGCAGUGGUGUUUAAUGUUUUGAAAUCCCUCCUGCUUAUGACAUGAAAGGCAAUGAAAGGUCAGAACUGCAAGUGGUCUGGGAUCAAAGCACGUCUCCCUUUCAAGAUGAACACUUUUGACAAAGGAAAGAAACGCAAGGAACCCACUUUUCAGAGAGCUUGUGAAGAGGAUCGUGUUGAAGCCGAGGGACUUUAUUUGUGGCAGCUUCAGCUGCGUUUCGGUGGAGCUCUGAACUGAUCACCAUCCCGUGAUGAGAACAUCAUAGUGUGAUACUUUCCUUAUGGUUCGACAUAUAAACCUCUCUAACAUAAAAAAAAAAAAAACCAAACAAAAAAAAAAAACAACACCUGUUGGCAACAGAAAUCCUAGUUUGAGUAAAGUUUGGGUCAUGGUAAUUUCUCCAGGGUUAAAACUCCCAUAUAGGUGUUUUGUAAGUCGACAGCCUUCGUAGAGUAAAGUCAAACGUGUGGCUAUAACCGUGUAUUCACUGUAGAGGAAUAGGACUGCGUUUACUAAAAGAAAACAUUAGAUGAAAUCUCUUGUGGUGUUUCCAUAAUCUUGGUGCCAAGUUCUGUGUUUUUGUGAUUGUAAACAUCAUUUCAGAGAGCUGAAAAGUUUAGUGCCAUUAGGGACUGUGUGAACAUUAUUGGGUUGAUAAGGGGGCCUUUGUAGAAAUACACACACAAAAAAAGACCUUCUACAUCAAAGCCCUUGUAAGUGUAAAUCAUACUCUUAGAAAAACAAGAAAGCAUCAGAGUUUUUGUUUGGAAAAGACUUCUCUUUAAUUAUGAAAUGAAAACUUUCAAGCUGGCUUCAGAUUAAAGAGUUGGCACUCAAAAAAAGACAAAUUUGAGUUAAUUAGGACAUCCGUCAAUAAAUAUCAGGCACAAUAAUGUGUCAUAGUUGGCAAAAACUGAGAAAAAGACUAGCAUAUAUUUUGGGUGACAGAUGGAAUUUGGUUGGUAAUUACCCUGUAGAUUGUCAUAUGUUUUGGCCCGGUUAUAGCUGGUCCAUAAUCUCCUAAUGAAACACAGUGAACAUCUUAUCCAAGAAAAAUAUUGUUUCACUGAGGGUGUGACUUAAUCAGAUUUGAUUGGCAGUGGAAUAGCAACAAAAGGAAAGGUCAAACAAACAACUUUUGAUGGCUGUGUUGCUAAAUCCUGACAAGUAAAUACACUAUAACAACUUGCCAACCACUCCAUAUUUUACAGGAAGGUCAAAAAAGUACAACAGAGACGAUAUAAUCUGUUAAUAUGUGGGUAUUCAUGUACAAUCUCAAUUUUGAAAAAGUCUGGGUAAAAUGUGAAUAAAAACAGAAUGCAGUGAUUUGCAAAUCUCAUAAAGCAUUUAUUAUUCACAAAAGAACAAAGAAAAUGUAUCAAAUUUUUAUACGUUUUACGUUUUCAUGAAAAAUAUUAACUCCUUUUGAAAUUGAUGGCAGCAGCACGUCUCAAAAAAGCUGAGAUAGGGCCGACAAAAGACUGGAAAGUAAGUGGUGCUACAAAGGAAAUCAGUAUUGGAUGCCCGUGAUGUUCAGGCCCUCGGACAGCACUGCGCUAAACAACAUGAUUCUGCCAUGGAUAUCACUGCAUGAGCUCAGGAACAGUUCAGAAAUCACUGUUCACUGUGCCAUCUACAAAUUCAGGUUAAAGCUCUGUGAUGCAAACAAGAAGCCAUACGUGAACAUGAUCCAGAAAUGCCGCCAUCUUUAAAAUGGACUGAAGUAAAGUGGAUUAUCUGGUGUGUAGUCAGACAAAUCAAAAUGUGAAAUUGUUUUUGGGAAUUAUGGAUGCUGAAUCCUCCAGACUAAAGAAGCUUGUUAUAGCAGUGCUCGGUUUAGAAGCCUUCCAUAAAUUCAGUAUGGGUAAUCUGGUGUGGGGGUGCAUUAGUGCCUGUGGAACUGGCACCCAGUGCUAAAAGGUAUAUACAGAUUUUAGAGCAACAUGUUCUCCCAUGCAGAAGACAUUUUUCAGGGAAGGCCUUGCAUAUUUCAACAAGACAAUGCUAAGCUACUUACUGCAUCUAUUGCAGCAGCAUGACUUCUAAUAGAAGAGUCCAAGUCUGGCAGUAGUCCAAACCUUUCACCAUUUAAAAAAAUUUGAUGCACCAUAAAGUGAAAAAUACGACAAAGAAGACCCCGGACUGUUGAGCAGCUAGAAUCCAGUAUCAGACAAGAAUGGGUUCCUCUCCCAAAAGUCCAGAAGUUACUCUCCUCAGUUCCAACAGGUUUACUGGCUGUUGUGAUGCUACACAGUAGUAAAUGUGGCCCCGUCCCAACAUUUUUUGAUAUGUGUUGCUGCUAUCGAAUUUAAAAUGAGCUACGUUUCUCUUGAAAUGCUACCUUUUUUCACUUUAAACGUCUGACAUGUUUUCUGUGUUCUACUGUCAAUAAAAUAUGGAUUUGUGAGACUUACAGAUCGUUACAUUUGAGCACCUCAUCGUCCACGCUAUAAAAGCUAAUAGAUAAAAGAUGUUUUCAAAGGCCUUUAAUCUUUUAUUUUAAUACAGAGUAUUUAUAUAUAAACCCAUAUUAUUAAUGAUAACAACAAGGAUGGCAGAAAAAUAAUUUCUGAGCCCUCUUCACACCUAAUAGGUUUCCUACAGUCCCUUAAAAUGUUAAAACACACCUCUGCUCACAAUCAGUGACAGAUUUCAUGUUCCUAGGAUUGUAGUUGUUGUGUGUUUCUGAGUGUGUUGAUAUUUAUUAUGACAUAGUGUAAAAUUCUGAGCUUAGAUCUGUGCCCAUAUAAGAUUCAAAUUUACCUGCGUUUUUGAACUAAAUUCUCCUAUUCCUUGUCAGGGAAUCAUCACAAACAUUUUCCUUCAUACGGAUUUGUGACUGAGGGUUUGGCUGCCUUGUUUUUAAUUUUGUUCACACAAAAGCGGAGAAAUGACAGCAUGUUGAAUCCCUUUUCCCACAGUCGACAGGCUGAAUAGACUUUGUGUUUGUAUAAUGUGUUGACAGCUGUUUGUUGUAGUGGACGAGGUAGAUGUACGUUCUGUCGGGGUGGUGCCUGCUAUUGUGUGCAAAAAUGUUACUGCUCAUUUUAAUUAUUUCAGCUGUCUUCAGUGCAGCCAGCAGUUAUUGCACUUCUGUCUUUGUGUGUUUGUUCACUGUGUAUGCAUAGUACAUGUAAUCAGUAUUUAAAAAAAAAAAAAAAACCUAAAUCAUUUAAGCACAGGUUAGGAUAUGUGGACUAUUCACACUGAGACUGAAGCACAAUGUAAAUGCACUUAGAUGUUGUCGAGUAAUAAAGGUAUUGGACAUGCUCGUGACUCUCCACAUAAGUAUCGAACACAUCUAAAGUACUCUGUGGUGCACUAUGUAGUGGUUGUAUCUAUCUUUAGACUCUGGAUUUGUUGUGUAUCGUUAAGGAACUGUUAUGCCAGUAGAGAAAUGUCCCUGUUAUGAUAUCUAGUUGCUCAGAUUGUUGUGUUAUUGUGAUAAUAAAUCUAACACAACCUCU